CUCUAUAAGUCAAGCAACGAAAAUAUGGGUAAGAGACGUGUCGACUGGUCUGCUCUUCCAAUUGAACUCUUGCGUUCAAUCGCAGAAGCCAACCAAGAUAGCAACGAUGUUGUAAGAUUUCGCAGCGUCUGUGCUUCAUGGCGAUCCUCUAUCCCUUCACCACGUAUAUUGCCUCCUUUUCCUCUCCCCCUUCCUUCCGCCGGAUCUGCUCGCAUAGCCUUUGUCUCUCGCAGAACCUUCUAUCGUUUCAAGCUACUUGAUGAUGUUAAUCCAAACCCUUCAACAUGUUCAUCAAAGAGCUGGUUGGUCAAGGUGGAAGAGGUUGAAUAUGGUUUUAAAUUUCUUUUAAAUCCACUUUCAAAUCUCCAUUUCAGGUUUCCUUUUCCGAAAGGGUUUAACUUAUUGGAUUAUCAAGUUGUCCAGGUAAGCAAAGGAUAUGAACUUCUAUCUUAUAGUAGUGGCAUGCCUAUUGUUGGUGUGAAUAAACUAGUGUUGUUUCCUGACUCUGUAUGGAAUAGUUCUGUUAAAGACACUGUGAUUUUCGCUUUAUAUAAUGAAGGAAAAUUGGGGUAUGUGAAAUAUUUUGAUAGAAAUUGGACCCUUGUGGAUGAUCUCUGUCACUAUGAUGACAUUAUUGUAUACAAGGGAAAACCCUAUGUUGUUGAUGAGUGGGGAAUAGUUUCAUGGAUUGAUUCAUCAAUGAAGCUGAUAGAUAUUUACGUUUCGCCUCCACUUGAGAGUUUUGGAAAGCAGAAGCAUUUGGUGGAGUCACGUGGAGAGCUCUACGUUGUUGAUAGGUUCUUUGAUACAGAGAGGAGGUUUGACCACCAUCUCCGUGAAUACCGUGUUUGUCCUAAGACAUUUACUUUCGAUGUUUAUAAGCUGGACCAAGAGUGCGGUCGUUGGGUUACGGUCGAGAAUUUGGGUGAUCGAGUUUUUUUUUUGGGUAAAGACAGUUCCUUCUCUGUUUCAGCUACAGAAUUCUCUGGAUGUAUAGGGAAUUGCAUUUACUUCACUUAUGAAGAUGACAAUGGUGUCUUCGAUCAGAAGACUGGCGAGAUUGUAGAUUUCCAAGACUGGAGUCAUCUAUUUCAGCUUCCCCCAUCUUGGCUCAACUCAAAUCCUCAUCUAAAUGUUGAGUUUAGGUAAAUUUUUACUUGAUGGAUGUCUUUUUAAAUUAAUUAUAGUAGUGCCCUUGAACUGCUCUAUGUUGGUUUGUCUUUUAUGAAUUUAGCUUUAUUUGUGAUGUCUCCUGUGUCACUUUGUUUAUUGAUUGUGAUGUUAAUCAGGUUUCAGCCCGACACAGUGGCUGAUUCUUGUUAUUUGAUAAUCCAUGUUGAUUGAAAAUUUGAUUUCAA